CCCUGCCCUAAGCAUACCCAGCAAGAGCAUGCUCUGUCGUUGGACAACUACUAGGCUAGGAGUUGAGAGACCUGGGUUGUAAUCCUGGCUCAGAAACAGCACAUCUUGGCUGGGUGUAAGCUACAAUACAAGUCUCCUGUGGUCGCUGGGGCUAAAGCUUGACUCUGCAGAGAGGAAAGGAAGAAUGGCAGCCUGGUGAAGAGGCAGAGAAGCCUGAGGGAGCUCAGUCCUGGCAGCAGCGUCCCUACUUUCCUGGUGGUGACAGGAUGUGGCCCCUGGACCCAUCCCGGAAAGAGGUGCUGAGGUUUGCGAUCAGCUGCCGUAUCUUGACACUGGUGCUCCAGGCUCUCUUCAAUGCCAUCAUCCCAGAUCACCAUGCAGAAGCCUUCGCUCCUCCUCGCCUCACCCCCUCGGGUUCUGUGGACCAACUUGUGGAAGGUCUCCUGGGUGGCCUGUCCCACUGGGAUGCUGAACACUUCCUGUUCAUUGCUGAGCAUGGCUACUUGUAUGAACACAACUUUGCCUUCUUCCCUGGUUUCCCCCUGGCUCUGUUGGUGGGGACUGAACUGCUGAGACCCCUCUGGGAGUUACUGAGCCUGCGGAGUUGCUUGUUAAUCUCAGUAGCAUUGCUCAAUUCCUUAUUCUCUGUCCUGGCUGCAGUUGCACUUCAUGACCUGGGCUGUCUGGUUUUGCACUGCCCCCGCCAGGCCUUUUACGGAGCACUGCUCUUCUGCCUCAGCCCUGCCAAUGUCUUCCUGGCCGCCGGUUACUCGGAAGCUUUGUUUGCCCUCCUGACAUUCAGUGCCAUGGGACAACUGGAAAGGGGUCGAAGCUGGACUAGUGGACUCCUCUUUGCUCUUGCCACUGGUGUACGCUCCAAUGGGCUGGUCAGCGUUGGCUUCCUUGUGCAUUCUCAGUGCCAGGGCUUUUUUUCUUCUCUCAUGGUGCUCAAUCCCCUGAAACAGCUCUUGAAGCUGAUGGGCUCUAUGUUCCUGUCCGUGUUUGCACUUGGCCUUCCUUUUGUCCUCUUUCAGUGUUAUGCCUACACCCAGUUCUGUCUGCCGGGCUCAGCCCACCCUAUCCCUAAGCCCUUGCUGCAGUUAGCUGUGGACAAGGGCUACCGGAUUGCAGAUGGAAACAAGCCACCUUGGUGCUCUUGGGAACUUCCCCUAAUAUACAGCUAUAUCCAGGAUAUCUACUGGAAUGUUGGCUUUUUGAGAUACUAUCAGUUCAAGCAAAUACCCAAUUUUCUGCUGGCUGCACCAGUGGCUAUACUGGUUGUCUGGGCAACUUGGACAUAUGUGACCACCCACCCCUGGCUCUGCCUGACACUUGGGAUGCGAAGGAGCAAGAAGAGUGAGAACUUGGAGAAGCCUGAGCCUGGAUUCCUGAGUCCUCGGGUGUUUGUGUACUUAGUCCAUGCUGCGGUGCUGCUGCUGUUUGGCAGUCUGUGCAUGCACGUUCAGGUUCUCACCAGAUUUUUGGGCUCUUCCACUCCUAUUGUGUACUGGUUUCCAGCUCACUUGCUUCAGGAUCAAGAGCCACUGCUGCGAUCCCUAGAGACUGUGCCUUGGAAGCCUCUUGCGGGGGACUCCCCACCGGGACAAAAGGUCUCCAGAAAUUCUAUUGUGGGACUUUUAUACAACUGGAAAACCUGUUCUCUAGUCACACGUUGCAUUCUAGGCUACUUCCUGACUUACUGGCUCCUGGGACUACUCCUACAUUGCAACUUCCUGCCUUGGACGUGACCUGGAGUCUCAGGAGACAAACUUGAAGCAGAAUUAACCAGGGGUCUGGAAGUAUCAAUUCACAAUGGGAUUGCCUGCACUGCUUUGGGAUCCUUUCUGUGUCCAUUAGAACCUCUUUCUGUUCGAAGGCUGGUUAGGAAUGGGAGCAGUAUGAGCCACUAGAAAGCCCCUUCUGAUCCUGGCUAUGGAAAAUUUUAGAGUAGUAACUAUUUUCACAGUAAGUGAAGAAAUCUUAUUCCAAGUCUAAAGUGCACCUGGAUCUGUCUUACCAAGCAAGCACAGCAGAGAUAGUCUUAAACUUAACCACUGACCCACAUGUAAAUUUAAAUGUAAAUUAUUUAAAUGUAAAUUUCAUCAAAGACUCUAGAUGACUGGCUGGUAAUCGUGCACACAUGAUGGAGGAAGUCUGAGCAGUGUAGUGGCAGUAGUAAGUAAAGUGGGAACUUCCUUUCUAAGUGGGACAUGGGUUCUUUGAUGAUUUUUUUCGUUAUUUGUUCAUUUAGUUAUAGAAAAAAGUCUUACAAAGAUAUACAAAUUAAACAACUUUCGGUUAUAUAAGCAUCAAUUAUCUUUUCAAAAAUAAUAUAAAUUACUUUUACUUGGGGGAGAAAGUCACAAUAAAGAAGAGAGCAUUGCAUAAGGAGGCAGGAGACCUAGAUCCUAGUCCUCUCAGUAGAACCCACUUUACCAGCUAUGUGACCUUGAGAGAGUUUUCAGAGACAUAGUUACCUCUUCUGAAACUAGGGGAAAUGAUGUUAUCCAGUUAGGGGGUUAGGGAUGAGUAAACUGUAUAAUCUCUUAUAGGUCCCUUUCUGCUCUAAGAUCUGAAGAGCUGCCUUAAACAGUGAAGCCAUCCCAGUCUAAAUGCAUAUGUAGAGGCUGAAAUAUGUAAUUUUAGGAGAAAAGAUUCAGUUCUGCUUUCAGCACUUAGAAGAAACUCUCCCUCUCCUUGGGUACAACUCUGAGGAGUAACUUAAGUGACCUUACCUUUGAAUGAGGGAAAGCGGCAACACCCGACAAAUAAGGCUCCUUGGCCUGCAUAAGUAAACCUGUACCGGACAACUAAAUGAUCAAAGCGGUGACUAGUUUUCCUGCUGUGCCCAAGUGUCUGUGCUUGCUUGAUUGGUAGACAUAAGGGUCAAAGGAGCCAGCAUGGCAGCAUGAAUUGAUAAAUUGUAGGUAAGUCCAAGGUUGAAUGAAAUGGUAUCUGCCUGUCCCCCUUUGGUUAUGAGCCCAUCAUUUCAAUGGCACUAAGAUCAUUGACCCCUGCUGAGCUAUUUUUGCUCAUUCUUUGAGUCAAGUAAGAGUCUCAGCAUCAUUAUAACUCAUUGGAUUGAAAAAUUAAAACAAGCAGAAACUUCAAAAUAAAUGGUUAAUCAUCGGCAGCUUCUGGAGAACUCUGAGAACUGGAAUUUUGACACGCUCCCUCUGACCAUGACAGAAAGCUAAACUUGCCAGCUGAAAGGAAGCUCCUGGCUGAGCCCCAGCACCCUCUGUUGGAGCUUCCAGUCAGCCUGGCCAAUAAGCAUUUCCCAUCCAUUGCCCCAGCUUUAGCACAGCUGAGAGAAUUUGGUCCAGAGUCAAAUGCUUCUGAAAAUGUACACACAGAUUGGGGCAGCCCUCUGCCUUCUGCCAAGACACCCGAGUGCCCUUCUUGGCAAAAGAUGAUCAUCUCUGUCCUAGUAUUCCUUCAGUUGGCAGAAACUGUUCCCUCCAUCCUCACCAACAGCUGCAAAUCCAAGGACUUCCACCCUGAGUGCAGGAAGAGCCGAGGUCCUGUUUCAGCUCUUCAUUGCAGAGGUAGGAGCACUAGAAUCUUUGCUCUUGUGGAUUCUCCUCUUUGCCUCUUCUUAGGGGAUAGUCAGGACUGAUUGUACCCCCACUGGAAGAGGUGACUCAGACUCCACAGGGUAGGAAGUGAUUUCACUGCUCUAGCAGUCUCAGCUUAACCUUCACACUAGAUCUCAUCACCCCCAGAAAAGUGAUUUCAAGGACCAGAGACCCUAUAAAUGGGAAUCUCAUCUUGUCAACUAAUACCAAGAAACUAAAUCACUCUGGUGUUCGGCAAAGACAAUUAUAGAUACAGUUAAUUUUAGAGGAGGUAAUGACCCCAGCUAAGUGGACACACCUGGUGUGACCUGGACGAGGACACAGUUUUCUCUCUGACCUUGGAGGGAUCUAGUUGCUGUUCUCUAAGUAGCUAAGGAAUGGGCUGAUUUUAUGGCCAGCAGCUGUCCUUUUACCAUCCUAUUAACAGUCUUUAAUAGUCUAGGAGAGGGACAUGAAGGGCCCAAGGCAGGAAGCUUCCUGUUUACCCUGAGGUCUAACAAUGCUGCAGCUGGGUUGGGCGUCUACAAUUUCAGAGAAAAGUCAUUUCCUUCUGAGACCCAGCUAAAACAGAAACCAGACACUUCAUGUACCUAGAAGGAGAUGCUUUUUUGUUCUUUAAUGAAGGCGGGAGGAGAGGGAGUGUUUGACAUGUCUUUACCAGUCCCCCUGGGGAAAAAAAAUCACUCCUUUUCUCAACAGACCCUCUCACCUUCAUCUAAAACUGUAGUGUGUGCAAGCUCAAGGGAUUUGAAGUUGAUUGAUUCUUUCAGCAAUUGUUUACUCCUAUUUUAAAGGAAUGAAGAUGACUCGCUAUGCCGCCCAUCCUCAAAUAACUGUCUCAUAAGAGUUGCUGGCAAAUACACAGAAACAUUAAUCAAGGUAGAAGCUGAUCAAUUCUGGGGAAUGAAAGGAUACUUAAAUGUCUUGCUCUAUAUCUCUCUACUUGGACUUUUUAUGAUAAGGAUGAAUUAAAGUUUUACCCAUAUGCUUAGGAAAAGGUAAGUGAGGUACAGAGUAAGUACUCAAAAUUCACACAAGGCAGAGGUCUCUUCUAGCUUGGACUACCCAAAAAGAAUUCCUAGAGAAAUGGCCUUUGAAGGACAGGUAGGAUUUGAAAGUUAAGAGCGGAGAAUGAGUAUGAGUGAGAUACGGGACAGGGAGAGUUCAGUUUGAGUGGAACUGAGGUAUUGUCAUUAUUGAGAUCUAGGUCUUGAAAUCAGCCCCAAGCCCAGCUCUACUGUGUACUAGCUGUGUAAACAUGAGCCAGGUACUGAAUCUCUAAGCCUCAGUUUACUUGUAUGUAAAACGUGGAUAACACUAUUUAGCUCAUGGGUGUGAAUGAUAAUAUAGACUUGUGGAAAUUAAAUGAAAAGUGUUUAGAACAGUACUAAUAAAGGAACAGGUGUAUUUUGGA